AUGUCCCGCAGAGACCACAGCGCCCCCUAUGGACCUGCCGCAGAGUCUCUGACAAGUGACCGCUCCAAAGACUGGAUCAUAGACUUUAAAGACUCACAUCAGAGAAAUGAGGAUCUGAGCGUUUCCAUUGGUCAGGAUCCUCAGGUGGAGCUGAACUCCAUUUUGCAGGUUCUGGAGGAGCAGGUCCUGAGGUUUGUCCAACAGCAGCUGCAGAGGCUCUUCAGGCUCCUGGCCUCAGAUUACCCAGAAUGCUCUGAGAGUGAGGAGGAGGAGAGCAGAGAAGUUCUGAACAUCACCCUGGACUUCCUGAAGAGGAUGGACCAGGAACAUCUGGCCCGGCGCCUGCUCAACAGGAGUAAAGUGGGAUUCAGAGAUAAACUGAAGUGUGAUCUGCAGCAGAGGUUCAGUCAUGUGUUUGAGGGUGUGGCUAAAGCAGGAGACUCUGCCCCCCUGACCCAGAUCUACACAGAGCUCUACAUCACAGAGGGCGGAGCCUCAGAGGUCAACCAGGAACAUGAGGUCAGACACGUGGAGACGGCGUCCAGGAGAGCGGCCGCUCCAGAGACCAUCACAUGUGAAGAGCUCUUUAAACCCCGUCCACAUUCACCACAGCCAAUCAGAUUAGUGCUGACGAAGGGCGUGGCCGGCGUGGGGAAAACAGUGCUGACUCAGAAGUUCUGUCUGGACUGGGCUGAAGGCCGGGCCCACCAGGACCUCCAGCUGCUGUUCCCGUUCACUUUCAGAGACCUGAACGUGCUCAGAGACACGCAGUUCAGCCUGGUCAAGCUGCUGCACCAAUUCUUCAGUCCAUCCAAAGAUCUCUGCUGCUUCCAACAGCUGCAGGUGCUCUUCAUCUUUGACGGUCUGGACGAGUGCAGACUUCCUCUGGACUUCAGCCGAACCCGAGUCCUGACCGACCCCACAGAGUCCGCCUCAGUGCAAGUACUGCUGGUGAACCUCAUCAGGGGGAACCUGCUUCCCUCCGCUCGCCUCUGGAUAACCACGCGACCCGCCGCAGCCAGUCAGGUCCCUGCUGAGUGUGUCUCAAUGGUGACAGAGGUGCGAGGGUUCACCAACCCGCAGAAGGAGCAGUACUUCAGGAAGAGGUUCAGAGACCAGGCCACAGUCGUCAUCUCCCAUAUCAAGAGCAUCCGCAGCCUCCACAUCAUGAGCCACAUGCCGAUCUUCUGCUGGAUCCUUUCCACAGUUCUACAGAAGCUUCUGGAACAAACAGAGGAACCAGAGCUGCCCCGGACUCUCACACAGAUGUACGUCCACUUCCUGGUGGUGCAGGCCAAAGUCCAGAACAUCAAGUAUCACCAAGGAUCAGGGGCGGACCUUCACUGGACUCAAAAAAACAGGGAGAUUGUGGAGUCUCUAGGAAAACUGUCCUUUGAGCAGCUGCAAAAAGGAAACCUGAUCUUCUACGAGAGUGACCUGAGCGAGAGUGGGCUGGACGCUGCAGCGGCCUCAGUGUACUCUGGAGUGUUCACACAGGUCUUUAGAGAGGAGCCAGGCCUGUACCAGGACAAGGUCUACUGCUUUAUCCAUCUGAGUGUGCAGGAGUUUCUAGCUGCUCUUCACGUCCAUCAGACCUUCUACAGCUCUGGAGAGAACCUGCUGGAACCACCACACUGCUCUGAGAAUCCAAACCCUGAGGCUGUCUUCUACCGCUCUGCUGUGGACCAGGCCUUACAGAGUCCAAACGGACACCUGGACCUAUUCCUGCGCUUCCUCUUGGGGCUGUCUCUGCCGACCAAUCAGAGACUGCUGCAGGGUCUGCUGACUCACACAGGAAGUACAUCAGAGACCAAUCAGGAGACAGUAAAGUACAUCAAACAGAAGCUGGAUGAAAAGAAAGUGUCUGCAGAGAGAAGUCUGAACCUGCUUCACUGUCUGAACGAGCUGAACGAUGGCAGUCUGGUGCAGGAGAUACAGAAGAACAUGAGAAGAUAUCUCUCUGAUGGAACCAUGUCUCCUGCUCAGUGGUCGGCUCUGUCCUACGUCUUACUGUCCUCAGACUCAGACCUGGAGGAGUUUGACCUGAGGAAAUACCAGGCCUCAGAGAGAGCUCUCCUGGGUCUGCUGCCGGUGGUCAGAGCCUCCACUAAAGCCCUUCUUUGUGGCUGUGGUCUGUCUCCUCACAGCUGUGGUCCUCUGGCCUCAGUCCUCAGCUCCUCCAGUCUCACACAUCUGGAUCUCAGUCACAAUGACAUCCAGGACUCAGGAGUGGAGCUGCUGUGUUCUGGACUGAAGAACACCCCCUGCAGACUGGAGACGCUCAGGCUGUCUGGAUGUCUGGUCUCAGAGAGGGGCGGGGCUGCUCUGGCCUCAGCUCUGAGCUCCGCCCCCUCCCACCUCAGCGAGUUAGACCUGAGCUACAACAAUCCAGGACCCUUUGCCGAGCUGCUGACCUCUCUAAGGGACAAGCACCCCUUAUUAUCUGUCAGGUUGGAUCCUGCUGGAGAGCGCUGGAUGGUUCCAGGUUUGAGGAAAUACUCCUGUGACGUCUCUCUGGACACGAACUCAGCUCACAGGCUUCUGCUUCUGUCUGAGGACCAUCGCACUGUGACACGUGUGGAGGAGGAGCAGGAGUAUCCAGAACAUCACGACAGGUUCUCAAACUGGAUACAGGUCUUGGGCUGCACUGGUCUGAGGGGGCGCUGUUACUGGGAGGUGGACUGGAGCGGGAGGGUUCAUAUAGCAGUGAGUUCCAGAGGGAUCAGACGCAGAGGACGGGGAGUGGAGUGUGAGUUCGGAUACAAUGAUCACUCCUGGAGUUUGUGGAUCAAUGAUGAUGGAGUGUACUUUGUCCGUCACAACAGCAACAUAACACAACUCCACCGCUCCUGUCGCUCAAAGAGAGGGGGCGUGUGCUCUGGUAAAGGGGGCGUGUCCUGUGACAAAGGGGCUGUGUCCUCUGACAAAGGGGGCGUGUCCUCUAGUAAAGGGGGCGUGUUCUCUGGCAGAGUGAGCGUGUUCCUGGACUCUGAGGCUGGAGCUCUGUCCUUCUUUGAGGUCUCCUCUGACGGAGAACUGUUCCACCUCUGGACCUUCUCCUCGUCCUUCUCUGAGCCUCUGUUUCCUGGGUUUGGACUGUGGGAUGAAGGUUCCUCUGUGACUCUGGUGAAAGAGAUGAGACAAAACAGAAGAGAAACUAAACUUGUCCCAUAA